AUGAACACCCUCGUCGUCUUCGCUGCUGUGAUUGCGUGCGCCUACGCCGGCGGAUAUGGCGGCUUCGGCUACGGCGGUGGCGUCGGCCUCGUCGGAGGCUUCGGCGGUGGCUACGGUGGUGGCCACGGCCACGGCCACGCCCACGCUGUGGCUGUCCCCGUCAAGACCGUCUCCUACGUGAAGAGGCCCGUCGUCAACGUGGGCUACGUCACCCGCCCCGUCGUCAGCUACGUCAGGCAGCCCGUGGCCACCGUCUCCCACACCGUCCAGCCCGUUGUCUCCGUCAGCCACGCCGUCGUCGGCGUCGGCGGCUACGGCGGUGGAUUCGGCGGAGGCUACGGAGGUGGACUCCUCGUUGGCGGCUAUGGCGGCCACGGUGGCUACGGCGGCUACGGCCUCGGCGGCUACGGUCUCAAGGGAGGCUACCACUAA